AUGUCAGACCCGAUAGAUCUCCUAUCCCGACCCGAUUCACAAAAUAAGCAUGGCGAGAACCAUAGUUCCGCGGAACAGCAGCCGAACAGUAAUGAGAGCCAUGAUGAGAAGCAGCCAGAGCACCACCACCAACCAUCCUCACAUCCAGCUUUAGUGUCCACUCCGUAUACAAAACCACCGAAGCCAUCUCCGACAGAUGACGAUGACGAUGACUACAACCAUGCUGAAGAUGCAAACCCCAUCGUGUCCACCGCCCUAUCUCUCCUCUCCCUCUUGAACACCUAUGUCCUACCUUCCCAUCUCCGGGCAAUGAUCAUGGACGUCGCAACCGCGCAUCCUCUUCUGAUGACAUUUCUGCUAUGUCAAUUCGUCUGCUCGUGCAUCCCGAUCGCCAUGUUCGUGGUCGGCGCCAUGGUUGCGGCUGGUAUUGCGGUGGUGCUGUUUAGCUGUGUGGCGCUGUUGGUGCUGGGACCUGUGCUGAUUGCCACGACUGUCGCCGGGAUGUUAUUAUGGGGCUCUGGGUGGGCUAUCUUCGUGACUGGAAGGUGGUUUGUUCGGUACUUGGAUGAGAUGGGGGAUGAGCAGAGAGGGAGGAAUCUCGCUGGGGUCAAUGGGGUGAAGGGUCACAAUGGGGGGAUGCCUGUUAAGGAGGUGUUGGAUUAG